AAGAGGACCCUUUACGUCGGAGGACUGGAUGAGGAAGUGAACGUAGAUACGCUUCGAGCAGCGUUCAUCCCCUUUGGCGAGCUUGUAGAUGUCAACAUCCCUCUUGACAAUGAAACAGGGAAGCACAGGGGAUUUGGCUUCGUAGAGUAUGAAUUCCCGGAUGAUGCAGCAGAAGCUAUCUUCAACAUGAACAAUGGGGAGUUGAACGGGCGCGUCCUCUCAGUCAACCUCGCCAAGCCCAUC